AUGUUUGAUGUCCCAAUGUUAAAAGCCGCCGCCCUGUAUGCUCUUGUGGAUACACUACAAAAUAUGGAAUCAAAAGACAUCCCGGUAGACCUACCAGACCUCGUCAAAGCCAUUCACUGGACCUUCGAGACAACGCCAGCAGAAGACAAGGAAAUUCGAAAGCCACUUAUGCAGACAGUAUCCCGUUUCGAAAAGGAUCUUAGAGACGACGUCGACUUCAGAAGAUGCUGUGAGAAAUUUGGCGACCAACUUGACUGGACAUUGGAGAAAAUGUGGGAAGAGAAAGCCCAGUUUUCAAAGCGAUGA